AUGGGUCCAGAAAAUGACACACAAAUUACAGACUUUCUUCUUCUGGGAUUUUCAGAGGACCCAGAACUGCAGCCCCUCAUCUUUGGCCUUUUCCUGUCCAUGUACCUGGUCACUGUGCUGGGGAACCUGCUCAUCAUCCUGGCCACCAUCUCAGACUCCCACCUGCACACACCCAUGUACUUCUUCCUCUCUAACCUGUCCUUUGUGGACAUCUGCUUCACCUCCAACACUGUCCCAAAGAUGCUAGUGAACAUCCAGACACAGAGCAAGUCCAUUACCUACGCAGGUUGCAUCACCCAGAUGCAAUUUUCCAUACUCUUUGCAGGACUGGAUAUCUAUCUUCUGACUGUGAUGGCCUAUGACCGGUAUGUGGCCAUCUGCUACCCCCUGCACUACAUGGUCAUCAUGAACUCCCGGCGAUGUGGGUUGCUGAUUCUGGUGUCUUGGAUCAUGAGUGCUCUUCAUUCCUUGUUACAAGGUUUAAUGAUGUUGAGACUGUCCUUCUGCAUAGAUUUGGAAAUCUCCCACUUUUUCUGUGAACUUAAUCACCUGGUCCAUCUUGCCUGCUCUGACACCUUUCUCAAUGAGGUGGUGAUAUAUUUUGCUGCUGUCUUGCUGGCUGGUGGCCCCCUCGCUGGCAUCCUUUACUCAUACUGCAAGAUAGUCUCCUCCAUCCGUGCAAUCUCUUCAGCUCAGGGCAAGUAUAAAGCCUUCUCCACCUGUGCAUCUCACCUCUCUGUGGUCUCCUUAUUUUAUUGUACAAGCCUGGGUGUGUACCUCAGUUCUGCUGUGACCCAAAACUCACACUCCACUGCAACUGCCUCGGUGAUGUACAGCGUGGUCACCCCCAUGCUGAACCCCUUCAUCUACAGUCUGAGGAACAAGGAUAUCAAGAGUGCUCUGAGAAGACUCUGUGAGAGAGAAACUGUGAAAGCGUCAGUUGUGCUGAGAUUGAAGAAGUGCCCGUGA